AUGGACGUGGCCGGUUGUGAUGAGAUCCUUCGCGUCGAUCCUGAACUUCGUGCGAUCGCCAAAGUCCUUCAAACGAGCGGCAGUCAUUCAUCAACCGCGAGUGAGGCCCUGGGAGUAGUGUAUAAUGUAGUGGUGGGAAAAGGCACCGCAAGCCUGUCUACGACCUGUGCUGAACAAAUCUUGUCAUCAAUUCUUUCCUUUCUUGAUCGCACUCACCGCUACCUUUCGAAAUACGACGCCUGCCAUGAAAUCUGUCUUGCAACGACUUGCUCCGUUGUUCACACGACUGACAAGGUCAAGGAACAGCUUUCGCUCAAACUGAGGCAACAACUUGUUGCAGCGUCCCUGAAGUACUCGCAGAAGUACAUGUCUUUUAAAUCCCCGCUUUCGCCGUCCAUAGUGACAAAUGCGUGCACCUGUAUCCGAGUCCUGGUUGUCGAUUCAGAAACCCGAGCAGAAUUUGCGAAUACGGAUGGUAAUGGUCCUUGCACACUGGUUAAGUGCGUAACAUUCCUGUCAGAGCGACCAUUGCAAGUUGAGCACGCCUUGCUUGCUCUUGGAAACGCUGUAUUUGAUUCUUCACGAGGGAAAGAGCAAGUACGGUUAUCCGGCGGAAUACAAGUUGUCCUUGACGUGAUCAACAGGAACUAUUUCGUUGCCUCUGUAGCAGAAGCAAGUCUGCUGGCUAUACAGGGCAUCUGUACACAAGACGAUUCCAGUGGGAACCUUGCCACGACUCUAAAAGUCCACGGGGCAUGCGUCCGGACGAUGAACAGUUUUCGAGAUAAUCCAGCCAUACAAGAGCGUGCUCUAGCAGCAAUGUUGAGCUUCGGAACCGAUGGUGAAGCUGUCAGAGAAUUGAAAGCGUUAUCUGUACUUGAUAUAGCGGCGACGGCGGCAGCUGCGUUUCCUUUCUCGAAACUGAUUGCUGCGCAGGAGCAUCAACUCAGAUGGCUCGUCAAGGGCGACGAUGUUGGUCCAACACGCCCUUCUCACGAUAGACUUGAGAGGCUGAAGUCUUUGCCACUACGAACGUGGAAGUCAUUCACCCGUGGGUAA